AUGACUGCCCGAAAUCCGUGUAUUUUGUGUGUCGGAAUAUGCUGCAUGGAUGUGAUUCAGGUCUGUGACGUGUAUCCCGAGGAGGAUUCCGAUAUCAGAUCGAAGCAUGGACGAUGGCAAAGAGGCGGGAAUCCAUCCAAUAAUUGCACCAUCUUUGCCCAAAUGGGGAUGAAAUGUGAAUUUAUGGGCAGUCUCAGUGACUCUGCCAUGUCCACUGUGCUCCUCGAGGACUUCAAGAAGAGGAAUAUCUCCACGAAAAAUUGUGUCAUUCACAGAGAAUGCGAGACUCCUCUGUCUUCUGUCCUACUGAGCCUCAAAAAUGGAACUCGAACUAUUGUUCAUUCAAAUCCCAAUCUGCCCGAAAUCACUUUCAGUGACUUUGCCAGGUGCAAUCUUGCUGAGUACACGUGGAUUCACUUUGAGCCACGAAAUCCACCCGAAACACGGCGAAUGAUGGAAUCCGUGCGCAAGUGGAAUGAAAAAGUGGCCAAAGAAGAGAGAAUUACGAUUUCGUUGGAGCUGGAAAAACCCGGAAAGCAUCCAGUGGAUGUGGCUGAAUUGGCAGACGUUGCCUUCAUAAGUAGGAUUUAUGCCGAGACUGAAUUGAGGGCUACUGAUAAGAGGAGCGCAGUGGCUUUGAUGAGGCAGAGAGUAGAGAAACCAUUCAAGAUCAUUUGUGCUUGGGGCUCAGAGGGCAGUGCAGCUGCUGAUGGCCAGGGGGAAAUUAUGUCUGCUCCCUCAUUUCCACCUGAGAAAGUGGUGGACUCUCUCGGUGCUGGUGAUACAUUCUGUGCUGCAGCAAUUUAUGCUCUUGCGCAUGGAAAGUCACUUUUUGCGGCAAUUCUCUAUGGAAAUAUGAUUGCCGGAGCCAAAGUGGGCUUCCAUGGUUACGAUGCAAUUGCAAAUAUCUAUCGUGAUAUAUACACAACACUCCCUUUGUGAUCAACGAGUCAGAGAGCUUUAUAUACAAAGAAAUUUAUGGAGAAAACAACAUGAGGUCAAAUCGAAUGACAACAAUGAACUUCAAUUGCUCUUUUAUUUUCUCACAUUACAAUUUUUUUUUCUUCUUCUUGUAUACUGAGUUCUUCCGCCUCGUGGGUGAGGUGAGAAGGAGUGAAUAAAUCUUUUUUUCCAUGUA